AUGCCAAGUCAAGUGAUCAACGAUGCAAAACCAUUUAUCAGACUUCCUUUUCCACCCACUAUUAAUCCACAUGAUCUUAUCACGUUUUCGAAUGGAAAUUGUACUCCAUCUCGAGCUCCCAAUGCAUUUAUCAUCUAUCGAAAAUUGUUUAUUAAGACCGCAAAGAACGAAGGAUAUACACUUCCAAUGACAGUAAUUUCCUCGAUGGCAUCAAAGUCUUGGGAACAAGAACCGGAAAUUGUAAGAAUAGAAUACAGAAGAAUUGCAAAAGAAGCAUUCGAAUAUCGAAAUGAACUUUUUCCUAGAGCUAAACGCGGGGGAAAAAGAAAAACCUGGAAUUUGAUUAGUUUCGAUCAUAAGUCGGAUCGAAAGAAUGAACUUUGUAAAUCAUUAAAUGAGCCAUUGAAAAUGCAGCAGAAAGUGGACGUGCCGGUUUCAUUUCCUGACUUCAAUUGUCCUUCGCCAGUUCUAAAUCCCGGAUUAUUUUCCGAGUUUACAAAUUACAUUUACCCCAGCCCGGAUCUGACAGUUUCCAGUGAAUUUAGCUCUCCAGACAUUAAUUCUCCACUAAUUUCAGUUGAAAAUCCCUAUAUUAACUCCCCAAUCCAAUCUGAUGGGUUUAGCUCUCCCGACAUAGGCGAAGAGUUUGAAUUCAAUCCAAAUAUUAAUUCGUCAACCAUAUCUCUUGAAAAAUAUCAAACUAAUUCACCAAUUCAAGCCGAAGAAUACUUUUACUCUUCUAAUACGGAUGUUUAUACCGAGAACUCAUCAUUUAUUGGUUUUUUCGAAAACCAACUUGGUCUUGGGAUCUUCGAGUCAGAGAAUGUUAGCGAAAACAACCGAGACCUUCAAGAGGAAAAUAUAACUGAUUCUUCAUUAUUGAAUAAUUCUUCGAAUGCCUUCCCCCAAUUAAAUACCGACAAUCAAAGUGAUAACACUCAAAUUCCAUUAUCGGAUUUGUUAUACUCAUUAGACUCAACUCCAGUUUUCAAUGGAGAUUUAACAAACUCCGAUGUUGCAGACUGUCUUUUUGAUUUG